UGAGGAAGUGGUUGUUGACAGUUGAGAGAUAAGCCAGGGCACAUACACCGUAGAGGCCCCAGUGGCCAUUCUCUGAUGCAAACACAGUCUUUCCCAAGGGGGCUGGAAAUUUGUUAGUCACGGCAGGGAGAGAGUUAGGUGUGGGGUGUGGAGAGGUGGGUGGAAACCCGCCCAGGCCCAGUCAAGUGUCCAGGCCAGAGAACCAGCCCGAACACGCCCUCUCUCCUCUCGCCUCUCAGUCAGUAUCUCUAGGUCUCCUCCCCAGCCCCGCCCCUGCCGCUCCCUGGCCCCUGGGGGCUCCCCGCUCCCCUCCCCUCCAGACUGACUCAGUCUGGGAGGGAGGCAGCUGCCGGAGGAGCCUGACUUGACCAAGGCUGGCGGGCCUGGCCCCGGCCCUGGCCCAGAACUCCUGGGGACCCCCCCCCCGUAGCCCCGGGGGCCCCCUGCCAUGCGCUGCUCCAAGUGUGUGCUCUGUCUCUUGGCUCUCCUCACCCUGCUGGCCCUCAAGGUUUACAUCGAGUGGAGCUCGGAGCCACUUCGGCCCAAGAGACACCCAGAGGGGCAGGAAUCGGAGACCCUAAGCAACCCCAGUGCCUUCACAUUCGAGCCAUCCCUUCCCGCCAACCUUUCUGGGCGCCUUGGCCAGACAGGAGCCCUGGCCACUGCCUACUGGAACCAGCAACAGCAGCUGUUCCAGGCCCUGCCCGGGGCAGGUGGCUCAACCACAGGGGACUGCCAGGCUUGGGGGAAGGCCGCGGCGGCCAAGAUCCCUGACUUCACCUUCUACCCGGAGGCUCACCAGCGCUUCCUCCUCUCAGCCGCCUGCCGGGAUUACCCGUGGUGGGUGUUGGGGUCCGUGGUCCCCAGCUGCAUCGAUGGGGAUGCUCCCUACCUGCUGCUGGCCGUGAAGUCGUCUGCAGGCAGAUUUGGGGAGCGCCAGGCCAUUCGGGAGACGUGGGGCGGGCCUGAGGAUGGAGUCCGCCUCCUUUUCCUCCUGGGCUCCCCUCAGGGAGAGCCGGGCCCAGACUUGGGGCCCCUGGUGGAGUGGGAGAGUCGGCGGUACCGGGACCUCCUGCUCUGGGAUUUCCUGGAUGUGCCCUUCAACCGGAGCCUCAAGGAUGUGCUGUUCCUGCGGUGGCUGGCCCACCACUGCCCCCAGGUGACCUUCGUCCUCCGGGCAGAGGACGAUAGCUUCGUCAACAUCAAAGCCCUGCUGAAGUUGCUUCGGGGGCUGCCCCCGGCCAUGGCCCGGGGCCUCUACUUGGGCCAUGUCUUUGACCAGGCUUCCCCCAUCCGGACCCCCAAGGGGCCCUACUACGUGCCUGAGUCCUUCUAUGCGGGCCCCUACCCGGCCUAUGCCAGUGGGGGCGGCUACGUGUUUGCCGGACAGCUGGCCCCAUGGUUGCUGCGGGCAGCCGACAGGGUGGUGCCCUUCCCCAUUGACGACGUCUACUCGGGCCUCUGCUUCCAAGCCUUGGGCCUGGCCCCCCAGAACCACCCCGGCUUCCUCACCAACUGGCCAACCCGAGGCAAACAGGACAAUCCCUGCACCCACCAGCGCGCCGUGCUGCUUCAGCCCCGGGACCCCCAGGAGACCAUUCGCCUUUGGAAGCUUAUGCAAAACCUCCAGGUCCAUUGCUGAGGCCGCAGCUUGAGAAGUUGCAGCCAGACCCGACCGACCGGAUAGGGGGUGGGGUGACCUUUCUCUGCCCCUGGCCCUGCCCUCUCUUCCCAGCAGAGGCCUG